UCAGAGUCCCUCCGAACCAGCACUGAGCUCCAGUCCUUCAUACGCAAGGCCGAGCAUAACCUGCCCAGAGUUAUGGAUGGCAUCCGCACCAAGCCAACCUCAAAACUGUACCGAAUUGCCCAGGGAUAUGUUGCGGGGUACCUAGCAGUUCUCACCGGCCACCGCCCCAUCGUUUUCUGCAACAUCACCAAAGCUGACCUGCUGGAGGCUGAAAAGGACCCACUCGGCCGCACCCUGGUGUGGGUUGCUAGGCACAAGACGGACAGAGCCUUUGGGAAUGCGUAUUUGGCUCUCCUGCCAAAGGAAGCUGACUGGCUCAGAGGCCUGGCAGAGAUAUCCAGCCUCUACGGUGGAGAGCAGUGCCCGUAUAUAUUCCAGUGGAACGGCAAGCAGGUCCAGAAGCUGAACCGUAUGCUGAGAGCAGCCUGGCAAGUUGCUGGCAUGACUGGGGACAUUGCUUUCAGCCUGAUCCGUACAUCCAUCGCCAUAGAGGCCAAGAAACAUCUGUCACACUCGGACAGGCUGCUGGUGUGUAACAGCAUGUGCCACGACAUUUCCACAGCUGAGCGGUUCUACACUGAUGUUCCCAAUCUCAGUGAGGUUUUCCGCAUAAGGGACCUUCGGACACAGGCUUUGAAUAGCUCUGCAGACCCAUUGGAUGCAUCUAGUGAUCCAGAAAGUUCAUCCAGUGAAAGCAGCUGCUCUCCAGAUAAUCAAUAA